AAACAACACGCAAAGGUGGAAGAAACGGUGCGUCAAGCAGCGGCUCUUCCGGCUUCCGAAUACAAAUGUUUGGUGCGACUUUCAUUGUGAUUCAAGAGAGACGAAUGUGGGAAGAAAAUCAUCUCCUCUUAAACUUGAAGUUGACACUUUUCUGGCAGUGGAAGCUGAAUGGAUGCGAAAGGAGGCUGAGCGCCAUGUAGAGUCCAAAGGAAAAGUUCAUUCCAAUCUAGUGGUGGUAUGCGUUGAGCAAUCGAAAUAGCCAGCCAUGGAACGGGGCUUGGGGAGGGCAGCGAUCGCUGCUGGGGCGGGCGUGCAGCAGCUUAUGAACAGGCUCACAGAUCAUCUGUGGCUAUAUGACAAGGCAGAGGCGCAGGCGAGGGCAAGCCCUAGUGGCAAAGCAUCGAAAGAAAAAGCGGAGGUUCUGCGCUGGUUUGAAAGUCUGAGCGUGGAGCAGCGGCAGGAGAUUCUGUUGGUCAAGGACAGAGAGUGGGUGGGUGUGCUCAUGCAGAUGCAGAGGAAGCUGAAGUCCGGGCCAAUGAACUUUUUCCUGAUGCUAGAUAUGGGGGACCCUGGAGCUAGAAGCGGCGUGCUGAGGAGCAUCACUCCAGAGCUGCUGUGCAGACGGCCGGUGGGGCUGUUAGCUAGGUUGGACACUCAGAACAGCGCCGGGAGGGAGCUCACAGAUAAUCUGCUGUUCUUCAGCAGUGAAAGUCCGCAGCUGAAGCAGAAUGGCGCUCCUGUUGCAAAGAAAGGCAGCAGCAAGAAGGGGAAGAAGAAGGAUGCGCCUGCGAAGAAGUCAAAUGAAAAGUUAGGGUCGAAUGGGGGGAGCCAGGGUGACGCCACCGCAAUUGAGGCUCAUGCAUUGGCCAGGGAGAGUCAGAUUGAUGUGAUGGUGGUGGCCAGAGCGUUUCUGCAAGACCCCCAGAAAUUGAUGCAGACUCUCGACCGCUUAACCUUGGGCCAAUUCCUGCAAGCGCCCUGCGUACAGCAGGCGCUUGGCUCCUGGGACGAGACCCCCUGGCUGCACUCAAUGGGGUACUGCGCUCUCCCUUUCUACAUUGCCAACCGGCUGGAGCUCGCGAUCUGGUCCGCGUGGUUCAAGAGCAAUCCCGCGAGGAGCCUGAAGAACCCCAGCUUGGAAGCAGCUAAGGGACGGCCCAAAAGCAGGCUGUCAAAAACUGCCUCCCAGAGCGGUGCGGUGUCUGCCGCCAGCAGUCUGGAGACGCAUCGCUCCCUGCAGGGGUGGUGGCAGAAACUAGGCGCGGCACAACAGGCGCAGGUCCUGCGAGGAGGAGUUGCGCGUUUGGGGCGGCAAUUGGCGGUGGAGACCAUCAGGGAUGCACGUUCGAGCAGGGACUUGAAGGAAAGGGGGCUCCAGCCUGCCGUAUUAGACGAGCUCGGAACUAGGCGCGAGGUAGUAAGCAUGAGGACCUCCCAGAAGGAGCUAGCCAGUAGCCAGAAAGGCCUGCAGACAGUCCCCUGGUUGGCUGGCCUGCUGACUUUGCAGGAGCUUGCGGAGGGGGGAGUUUUGCCGAGCAGGCGGCAAUUUACCGCAGCGUUUAGAGGGAAUGAAAGGGGGUCAGGCGCGUCGUCGGGAUUGGUGCGUCACUCCUCUGGUUCUGGCAGGGCGGAAUUGAGGAGCGGGGAAGGCGAUCUGGAGAAGGAGCUGGAGUGGCUCAUGAUGACCCACGGGAAUCGGGAAGGGGCAGAGAGCGAGGAUGCAGAAGAGGGCCUGUUCUGCACCAGUCUCGAGCUAGCCUGCACCCUGCGGGGCCGUCUUCUUUGCCGACUUCGGCACAUAGUCCAGCAGUUGAUGCAAGAGCAAAUCGCUCAAGACCUGCUCGGUAGUGUAGAAACGACAGCCGGUUUGCCUGAGCUUAGUCGGGGGUCGAAGGGCAGUAGCGCAAGCAAGAGUGCGAAGAAGAAGAAAGGCAGUCGUUCCAGGGGCGUCAGCGGAUCCCCUGAGAAAGAGGCUGCGGACGGAAACGAGAGAUCAAAUGAAAGCAAGGAGGUAGCUAGAGCGAGCGGGAAAGAGGAAUCAGAUCAAAGCAAGGAGGUAGUCAGAGCGAGCGCUGGGCCAGCGCCAAGUGGCAAGCUGCCAUUGGAGGAACCAAAGCACGCACAGCAGGACCAAACAGGUUUUGCUGCGGGAGAAGAGAAGCCGGCAGAGGCGCGAACGACUUCAUCAUUGCUCGGGGGGGUCAAGCAUGCUGUAGAUACAAACCCCCCAGACGUGUACAUUAGGGAUGCGGGAAGUCUGAACGAGACUGACGAAGAUGAGCGGUGCUCGAGUUCGGGGGAGGCCUGGGAGGAGGUUGGGGCGGCCAAGCGGAGGAAGGAUAGGAGGAGAAGGACGGAAGAUAAGGACGUGAAGCGCGAGCCUCGGAAGCGCGCCCUGCAGCCGCUCGAGCCCCCGUGGGCGGUACCGGAGGGCCACGCCGGCCAAAACGGGGGGACGGAAGCCGAGGGGGAGCACCGCAAGCGGAGGCGACGAAGGAAGGGCAAAGAACGCAAAAAGGAGGACGCCGCUUCCGAGGGGGCAGCGGUUUCGGGGGGUCUGGACGGAAGCGCAAAACAGAAGGUAGCGGGAACGAGCGGUGUCAGCGUCAAUGGGGGGGAGAAAGCGAUCGAGGGGUUGAGGCAUCGCGGAUGGAAUCUGGCGGCCCCUGCGUUUGAGCCACGGUCGGUUCCGAAGCCGACGAGCAUACUGGAGGGCGGUCGGUUUCCGGGCAGGGGGUCGAGUUUAGGCGCAAACCAGAACGGUUUAAGCAGUAGUCGUACGGGUUUUGCGCCGUAUCACGCUGGGGAGGCCUCAAUCCGAACGGGGGUGAGCACAAUCCGGGCUGAAACCAGCUCAAGAACUAACGUGAAUCAGGGAGGGUUGAGCUCAAUCCGGGGCAGGGUUAGGACGAAAGAAGACGGGUCAGCGACAGGUGAGGCCAGUGACCGCCCCAGUCCGAGGAGUUCCCAAGGGGCAUUCAAGCGGAGUCUGUCAGCCGGAAACGCUCCCGGCGACGAACCGUCAGAAACGUCAACCGCGGAAAGCGUCCCCUCCGCCGCGCCCGCACAGCCCUCGACUCUAGUUGUGCCGAUCACCCCCCUGAAGCACGCGCCCCGCCAACAAAAGCCCCCAGCCGGCCUCUCGACUAGCUUGAGCGACGGGUCUCGGUUGCAAGAACCGUCGCUAACCGUCUCGAAACCCGUGCUUACUGCUCAAGGGAUCCCUCUCCAGGAAGAGUCUCGGCACAGGUGGCACGAAUGGCCGCAGUACCACGGAGGCCUUGUUUCGGCUCCGGACGGUUCCCGGGAGCAGUUCGCCGUGGUAACUCCGGCGCAAACAGGGCCCUCGCCUCCGAAUGGCCCCGUGCACGUGACGGGGUUUGUGGUCGCGCACAGUAGCGGAGCGUCAAACGGACUUCUCCCUCCAGACAAUCGCAAUCCGCACUCAGUACCGUACGACCUUCACAAGUCUGCCCGGUCGGGUAGUCAUCCUCUCGUGUCCAACCUGCCUGCCUCCGACUCAAGCAGUCGGCUUACGGCACCUCCAAAUUCCGCUCUGCCCCCUGCGCCUCAGCCCCCAGACGUCCCGAACGGAACCCCUUCCGGGCCGGAAAUCUUCGCCUCAGCUCAGUUCCAGCAACCCGGAGACUUUCCGCCUGCGUUUCUCCGCCCGGUUGCCAUCCACCGGUCGCGCAGCAGCCACCAGCUGCCCGACAACGGGUUCCCCGUGGAGCCCCCCGGCCCGUUCUGGGAGGUUGGGAACUUCAGUUGGGGGCGACCCCUUCCAGGGGGCAUGGAUUCGGGCCAGCUAAAGCCCCCCGAGCAGUGGCCGGUUGGAUUCCAACCUGGGGUCCAGAGUCUGAGCCCAGAGUCGCACUGGCCCCCCAAUCUGCCCCGGAUCACUGUCCCGGCCGCAGAUUACUACACGGACGAAGACUGGCUGAUCGGCGGGGGCGAGGAUUAUGAAGGCAGCGGGCGGAACGGGAAUGGGUAUGACGUGGAAAGCGAGGCGGAGGCAAACGCCAGGUACGUCAUGUCCGAGACCGAGAUCGAGGGUCCCCGUCAGGCGCCGCCCUUCGUCGACGCCGCACAAGACGACUCUCGUGUCGACUACAGCCGCAUCUUCGACGGGGGAGUGCUCUACUGGACCGCCGACAACUACUCCACUCUCGGGCCCUCUCGCCCAAACUCCCUCAGCUCAAACGACUCCAUGUGGAUCCGCCGCGAGGCUGACAUCAGCGUGAUCGUCGAUGACAUCGCCGGCGCGGCCUCCCCGUCCUACGCCGCAGCUGACGUCAGCAAACCGGGUGACGUCAGCACUAGCCCCGCGCCGAGCGAGCGCGCGCCGUCCCCACUGCCGCCCACGGACGUGGACCCCCCGGAAACGGUGCGCGUUCGUAUGCCGCGCGUGCGUGCGGUGCGGCUGCAGGGCUCGCGGCCGUCCCCGGUCCUGGUCCGCACGAACCUCGCGCACACUCCCCCGCGGUCCGUUUACCGGGGACUCUCUCCCGACCUGCGGUACCACCGGGGGCUCUCCCCCGACACCUUUCUGCGGCACCUGCCUAGUUACCAGGUCCCCCCGUUGGCACGCCAAGGCUCUGUCGGGGCCGGAAACGACUCCGGAGCGAGUGACAUUCGCUGGAAACGCCCGUCGUCCCCGGUGCUCCGCUUCAACCCGUCGCCCAACCACGUGCCGCCAGCUGGCCCCCCGCUUGCGAGUGCGCCACGUGCGCGCCCAGCUAACGUCCGCAGCGGAAGCUCGUCGCCCCGGCACUGGGCACCGGCGCUCGAGAAGGGCGAAAAGCCGCCCGGAAUCGACGCAGAGGGUUCGUUCCGAGGGGUCGGGGGCGCCGAGUUUGCGCCAGGAGGGGGCGGAUUCACGCUCAGGGAGAAACUGGCGGCGGUCGCUGGCAGCGGAGGGGUCGGCCGGAAUGCUAACCCGCUGGUUAAGAAGGGGUUACCGCCGCUGGCCCCAGUAACCCACUCACCGGACCAAGACCACCCGGACCUACUGAUCCCGAUCCACCACUGGGUGACCAUUCCGCCCUUCGACCAGCAGCCGGAAUCCGUUCGCAACCAACCGGAAGCAGUGCCGGACAGCCAGGAGGUGGUUAGCAUUGACCCGGCUGGGUUUGGGGAGGUAACCCCGCUGCAACCAGUGGUGCCGUUUUCACCGGUCACUCCGCUGAGUCCCCCCGGGACGCAGCAGGCGCCAAACGAGUGGGCCUUGUUCCACGACCUGUUGCACAAGGAAGUGGAGCGGUUCUGUGGCGAGAACCGGGAGGAGAUGGCCAAGAAGAGGCCCUUCCAGCUGGCGGCAAUCAGCAAAGUCUCCAAAGCACUCCAAGUGCUCUGGCCCCGCUCCCGCAUCACGGUCUUUGGUUCGUUUAUCACCGGCCUCGCGCUGCCCACCAGCGACAUCGACCUCCUCGUUGGCCUGCCGCCUGUCAGGAGUCUGGAACCAAUCAAGGAGGCGGGCAUUCUCGAGGGCCGCAACGGCAUCAAAGAGACGAUGCUCCAGCACGCGGCGCGCUACCUCGCAGACCAGGACUGGGUCAAGACAGACUCCAUGAAGACGAUCGAGAACACGGCCGUGCCGAUCAUACAGCUGAUCGCCCAAAUGCCCCUCCAGCCGCUGCAAGCGUCGAGCUCGCCCAGUGAGAAAACCCCCGAGGAGAGGUCAGGGAACGGCAGUCCGUCGGAGGGACUGGUUUUGGCGUCGGGGGGAUCCCCUGAGGCCGCGUCGCCAGUCGAGGAAUCCGGGGAGGGGGCAAGUCCGGCGGAGUUGCUCAACGGAGGCGUCGGUGCUUCAAGAGGCGUAGCAGGGGAGGCGGUACCAGAGAUAGUAGUGAACAGACUCACUUCAUUGGUCAAUGGGGAGGCUACCCAUAGGAGCAGUGUCGAGGAAGCGGUCGCAAUGGCGGAUUCGAAGGGAGUGCUUCACGGCGUCGGUGCCCCGGCGUCCCCGGGCGGAAAGUCUGCGGAAGGGAUCUCAGGGAAGCACGAGAACGGUGUGCUGGAAGGGGGGGUCUCUGGCAAAAAGACCGGUGGCCUGGGCGUAGAUCCCGGAUUGCAAAGUAAAAGCUGUCCGCUGAAGUCGAUUGCUGCGGAAGAGUCGGGGCGAGGCUUCGCGUCACCCGGAUUGUCCUCCGCCGCAACUUCUGCCGAGACUUCGAGGCCGCAGACGAUCCCAUGUGCUGGCGUCAGCACUGAGGUGCGUACUUCGGAAACGGGGAGCGCUGACGUCAGGGAAGAAGCGGCCGAGCACGGUCUGGACGGGAGGCGGCACUCGGCUCCGGGGGAGGUGGUGCUUCAGGAGCCAGUCAAAGGAGGCCACGUGGCACCUCCUGAGGGCGCGAAAAUUGGCUGGAGGGGCCACGUGGCGAUGGUCCGCACGCGCGCCGGCAGCGGUGAGGUGGCGGCCCCGGAGUCGCCGGGCGACCAGGAGCGGCGGCUGGUGAAACUGGACAUCAGUUUCGAGGGCGUGCAGCACACGGGGUCUCGGACGACUGAUCUGGUGCGCGAGCUGGUCGCUCAGUUCCCCCCGCUGCCCCCUCUGGUGCUCGUUGUGAAGCAGUUCCUGACCGACCGCAGCCUGGAUCACCCGUACACCGGGGGGCUCAGCUCGUACUGCCUGGUCCUACUGGUGACGCGCUUCCUGCAGCAUCAGCAGCACGUCAGCGGCGUGCGCGCACAGCAGGCGGGCCAGAACCUGGGGCUGCUCCUCAUGGACUUCCUGCACUUCUUUGGGUGCGUCUUCGACCCGAGGCGCAUGGGUGUGAGCAUCCGAGCCGGGGGGAUGUACAUAGACCGGGACAAAGGGCACAGCAUCGAUCCCCUCUACAUCGAGGACCCUCUGAACCCGCUCAACAACGUGGGGCGCAACUGCUUCCGCAUCUUGCAGUGCACCAAGGCGUUCGGCGAGGGCUACGUCCUGCUGUCCAAACAGCUGCACCAGCUAGACGCCAAGGAGCCGCAGGCCAACCUCUUUGGCAAGAUAUUGACGAAGUGCUCGACUUGAGACCCGGUAUACUGAUGUGCUUCGUCGAUAUGUGUUCCUGAUGAGUUGGGCGUGGCGUUGUCACCAGGCUCACGAAUCGCCACGUGACCCUCGGCUGUUGCGGCCGUAAUCCUGCCUGCGCCUGCACUUUAUUGGGCUCUGUAUGUAAUGGCACGGCCUCCGCCAUCCGCUCC